UCUCUCUCUCACUGCUUAUUUCCCUUUCUCUCCUCACUCUUAUCUCCUCUCCUUUCUUUUUCUCUUCAUCUUUCUUCCCUUCUCCCCACCAUACACACAACACAACACACAUCCCUUUAAUAUAUCAAUGAAGCUAUCUAGGUCCCACCUUCUGUCUUUCCUUUCUUUCUUUGUUCUCACUCACUCAUUCUUGUUUCAGAUUAUGAGAUGAACUAUUGAACAGAAAACUGCUUCUCCCGCCUUGCUUUAAUGUUGCACUUCCUUUCAAGUUCCAACCAAAGAGUAGCAUAUGUUAUUGUUCUUGGGUUACUUAUCCUCUGCAACCCGGUCUUAAUUCUUAUGUGUAAUGCCUGGUAGGCCCGAGAUUGAAGAUCUGCAAUGGAAGCAUGACGUUGGUGACAUACUAAUUGUUAUGUUACUGCAUAAAAAUUCUGUUCAGGAGGCAUUCAACUUUUGCUUCAACUUUCAUGAUUGAACAAUAUGAAAUUCCAAACUUUGCAGCACCCACCAAUUCUGUGACUUCUAGGAAUCAGAAAAGUUCAGACAAUAUUUGUCUCAUUUGCUUAGCAAAAUAGGUUGUGUGUAUAAGUUUGCUGUUUUACUUAUAGGUAGCCGCCGCCCGUAAUCUAUCUUAGGAUUUUUCAAACAGUGGGUUUUCCCACUGUCCUAAAAUUAUGGCAACUUACUAUACGAGUUCAAGUAAUGAAAGGAACGCAGUGCCUAUGCUGUGUCUUAGGGAACCUUUGCCUAAUUCAUAUCCCGAGACACCAGUUUUGCCGAGCAAUAUGACAUUUUAUAUGAACUCUGGAUCAUAUUCAGAAGCACUGUCUGGCAAUUCUCAGCAGCAAAACAAUUGCUUUGUGAUUCCAUCACCAUCAGUAGGGGCUUCACAUUCCACUCCUGAACAACAAGAAAUCUUUGCCAAUAUUAGUGGGUUCCAAACUGGGUUUCAUGAUUUCAGUGCAUGGAGGGAAGGUAGAAGUGAAAUGUUAGUCAGACAACCUAUGGAUGGACAGAACUUACAAGGUCAUGGAUUAUCUCUCAGCCUUGGAACCCAUAUACCCUCAGGAAUUCAUAGUUCAAGUUUUGAUUCAUUUUUGGGUACUAAUCCUUCAAUUUCGGGUAAUGAGGCCUACCAAAAUGAUUCAUCUAGAGAUGAGGGUAUGAGACAUUCUGAAAAUCUUCCACCUGGCUUACCUGAAGCUAAUCAAGAUUUGGCCAAAGCGGAUUUUUCAUUUCAUGGAAUGUCUGGUGUUGGAAAAACAGUUCCUAGCUCCAAAUACCUCAAGACAGUGCAACUACUACUUGAUGAAGUUGUUGACAUCCGAAAAGCUAUUAAAAGACCUGCUAUGAAAAGUCAUAGCACACAUGAGAAAUCUAAGAAGGACUCUAAGGAGGAUGAUGAGCAACUAGAAAACGACAGGCCUUCUGCAAAUGGAGUGCCUAAUUCUCAAGCUUCAACUGGUAAGACCUCUUGUGAGCUUUCACAUGCUGAAAAACAAGAUCUGCACCACAAGUUAACAAAGCUUUUGUCAAUGUUGGACGAGGUUGACAAUAGGUAUAAACAAUAUUAUCAGCAGAUGCAGACUGUAGUGUCAUCAUUUGAUGUGAUAGCAGGAUGUGGAGCAGCUAAACCAUACACAGCCCUUGCUCUGCAAACCAUUUCAUGCCAUUUUCGGUGUUUGCGUGAUGCAAUCACUGGUCAAAUCAGUGCAACACAAAAGAACCUUGGAGAGCAAGAUGCUUCUGGAAGUAACAAUGGAGUUGGAAUGGCAAGACUAAAGUAUGUGGACCAACAAAUCCGACAACAGAGGGUUAUUCAGCAGUUUGGCAUGAUGCAACAUGCAUGGAGACCACAAAGGGGGCUUCCAGAAAGCUCUGUUUCAAUUCUUCGCGCUUGGCUUUUUGAGCAUUUCCUUCAUCCCUAUCCAAAGGAUUCUGAUAAGAUCAUGCUAGCAAGACAGACAGGCUUGACCAGAAGUCAGGUGUCAAAUUGGUUUAUAAAUGCUCGAGUGCGUCUAUGGAAACCUAUGAUUGAAGAGAUGUACAAGCAAGAUAAUUGUAUUGCUGGCAUGGACUCAAAUUCUUCAUCUGAAAAUGUGUCCAAGGUAACAAAAAGUUAUGUCAAGACCUCCAAUGAUGUGGGUGAUGAUUCGCAGCACUGUCAAAGUCCAAUUGUGGCCGAUACAAAUCACAGUGGUGGACAAGCUAAGGACCUCAGACAUGAUCAGGCUCUUGAUACAGAAAUGAUGGCAUCCAUUGGAUUAGCUAGUCUCAUAAAUGGAGGUUAUGGGGCUGAAACUGAACAUAGGCGAAAUUUGGAUGAUUGUGGUCUCUUCUCUAAUGACACAGUUGUUCAGUCUGAUGGAGCUACUAAUAAGAGGUUUGUGUCAGUUGGUCCAACAUGCCAAAUGCCAGAGUCUGAGAGGUUCAAGUCAGGAAGUGGAGUGUCUCUAACAUUGGGUUUGCAGCAUUGUGAAGGAGGUAAUUUUUUGCCUGGUAAGACCCAUCUCAGUUUGGUUUCCAUGAGGGAGGACGACAUCUCCAAAGCGACCGCAGCUUCAACAGUUGGAGUAGAGACAACAGAACUUGAGUGCAUUGGUGCUGGAAACCAACAACAAAGGUUAAAUUCACCUCAUAUGCUACAUGAUUUUGAAGUAUGAUGAUAAUCUCUUGCAAUCAUUCCGUGGGAAGGAAAAGAGUGGUGAGUGCUGAUGUUGGGACCAUUUUACAGACAGUGAAUCAUAGAAGGAACUCAGUGGUCCCUCAAAGGAUGAUAGGACUGACAAAACAGUUGUAUGAUAUCAUGAAAUUUAUUGGGAAGAUCUAUCUUAUGGUUAAUGUGUAGAAGGAAACAUGUAUAUUUAGGUCUAUUUUGCUGUGAAGAAAUCAAGAAACGUGAGAAUGGUAAAUAAUAAAUGGAUUGGCUGAUUAUUGUAUUAA